AUGCCGCCAAGAAAGAAAUGGCCGAUGAAAUUAUACUUAUCGGCUGCUGAAGAAUCCAUUAGAGCUAUGUUUGCACAAGAGAAUGAAGCAGGAAGUGAACAAGCAAUAUAUUACCUCAGUCGAGUUUUAACUCCAGACGAGUGUAGAUAUACACUGAUUGAGAAAUUAUGUUUGGCCUUGUAUUUUGCAGCAAUGAAAUUAAGAGUCUAUAUGUUGCCUAUUUUGGUUUAUAUUGUUUGCCAAACCGAUCUUAUAGUGUAUAUGCUAUCAAGGCCAUUAAUCAUAGGCCGGAUUGGCGAGUCGGCUUUGGCGCUAAUGGAAUUCAACUUUGCAUAUGUUCCACAAAAGGCAAUUAAGGGAAGAGCAUUGGCAGAUUUUCUUGCUGAUCAUCCCUCGCCCGAAAUUGGGUCACAAGUAUUUGAUGAGCUUGACUCGGCAUCCAUAUUCAUGACUCCAUGGACUUUAAUGUUCGAUGGGUCAAGUACCAGUGAAGGCUCGGGUGCUGGUAUAGUUAUAAUAUCCCCAACAGGGAAUCAAAUUUCGUUUUACUUCUUUUUGGAUUUCAGGUGCUCUAAUUAUCAAGCCGAGUAUGAAGCAUUGAUUAUCGGCUUGGAAAUUCUGUUGGAAAUGGCAGUCAAAGAUGUCCACAUUGGGGGAGAUUCGAGUUUAGUGAUUAAUCAAAUCUCAGAAGACUUUAGAUGUUUGAAUUGGCAAUUAAGAUCAUUCCAUUCAUUAGCAACCCAAUUGGUUAGCCAAUUUCACAAUGUGACUUUGGAAUAUAGACCAAGGGCCAUGAAUAAAACAGCUAAUGAUUUAACACAGACGGCUUCAAGAGUUAAGGUGCCAAGUGGAAUGAAGGAAAGAGUAAUGAAGAUUACACGCCGAUCUCUUCCAUCAGCUGAAACAAGAAAUCAAAUUAUGGAAGAAGUCUUUGCUACUGAUGUUGCCGAAUUGGAUGAUGAUGAUUGGCGAAUUCCUUACAUCCUGUUCUCGCAACAUCCAACUCCUGAAGCCGAUCAAAGAUUAGAAGAAGUGCAGUUGAUUAUGUGCUUAUAG